AUGAGCCGCUUCGAUAGCCUCGAAAAGCCGUCCUUCACUUGGCACUGGAGAUCACUGGACGACUUCAAGAAGACAUCAUGGUUUACACUCGGCAAUUACUCGAACGUAAUACUGCUGAUUGUCUUCCUGCUCCUGGCGUUCAAUCAGAUCCGGCGGAAGCAAAAUGAGGCCAAGAAGGCCGGCUUCGAGAAACGAUACCUCAAGGCGCCCGAGUUUCCUGAGGUCGAAGAGCUACCAGAUUUUGACUGGAGAACCACGGAACCACUCCAACUGCGGCCCUUCAAGCCCAAAUACCACCUGACGAUGGCACUCGAGAAUCUGUCCCCCUCGGAACUCCUGCUCAUGGACAAGAACUACGCCGACCGCAUCGCGUACCGCCGCAAAAUCAUGGCCGAAGAGGGCGAGCACGUCGUCGCCGUAAACGAGGACUACCGCGUGCGUCCUGCCGUGGUCGAGCUCUACCAAUACCUUAUGGGGACGUAUCUCCCCCUACGCUUUCCCAGCAUGUUUAAACUCCACGAGGCCUUCUAUGAGGCAGGCCAGACCUUCAUGCUUGAAAACCUCGUCACCAAGGCACUGUUCCCGGCGAAAGCCUCACCAUCCACUCCGACCGCCAUGCUGCUAGAGACCCUCGGCCGCACAAUCGACGAGGAUUUCCUGUUCCUCCUCCCCGAAGAAGACGAAGACCCGUCCCCGGAUAACAAGGACAAAGACUACGUGCCAGACGCGAAAUACAUUCUCGAAGCGUACGUGUGCUGCUGCCCCUCAGGCUUCGACCCGCGCGAGAAACUCGGCAAGAGACUUGCAAGCAUCCACGAGCCCGUGCCGGGCUACCCCGCCAAAAUUGAAGCCAGCAUGGACCGCUUCUUCUCUCGCCUCGAAGUCGGAAAGUACGUCCGCCGGGCGAACUGGUCGAUCACCACAAACAAGAAUCUCUACUCGGCGGGCAAGGGCACGAACCAUGCCCACGAAGGCGAUGACGUGUCGGAGCUGGAGGAGAUCGAUACCGAGAAUACGUUCCUGAGAUGUGAGAGGCAGACAUUGCACCGGCUGCCAAAGACAAAGGCACUGGUAUUUGCGUUCAAGACGUAUAUGUACCCGAUCAAGGAUGUCAAGGACGAGGGCAAGGGAAGGGAACUAGCUGAGGCGAUUGACGGGUUGAAGGAGGGCAGCGUCCCGCAAAUGCAUUUCUACAAGAGGGGCGUUGUGUGGGGCGAGGCUGUGAAGAGGUAUCUGAGGAGCUGA